AUAAUUAAAGGGAAAGGUUGCCACGUCUUGUCUCUCUCUAUCUCCCUCUCUCAUUUCUCUUUAUCAUCAUUUUAAGCUUCCCUGAAUUCUAGGGUUUCCAUGGAUCUCUAGUACCAUUUUCCCUUCAAAGGGUUACAGAUUUGAUCUUUCCAACAUUUGAUGGGCAGUGCUUGAGUUUCUUUCUUUCUUGACUCCAUUAUCUGGAGCUUUUCCAAUUUCUCAACGGAGGUUCCGGAGAUGGAGGAGGCCAAGAAAACUGAAACUCAUAUGACAUCUGCCGCUGCUUUUGUGGAAGGAGGAAUUCAGGAGUCUUUCGAUGAUGCAUGCAGCAUUUGCCUCGAGGAAUUUUGCGAGAGCGAUCCUUCAACGCUUACUAAUUGCAAGCAUGAGUUUCAUCUCCAAUGCAUCCUUGAAUGGUGCCAGAGAAGCUCUAAAUGUCCCAUGUGUUUGCAGGCCAUUGGUCUGAAGGAUCCCACAAGUCAAGAAUUGCUUGAGGCUGUUGAGCGGGAGAGAAACUUCAGAGCUGCUCCAUCAAGAAAUGCCACUAUAUUCCGUCAUCCUAUGCUUGGGGAUUUUGAACUGCAACAUUUACCAGUUGGUGCAAGUGAUUCUGAUCUUGAAGAGCGUAUAAUCCAGCACUUGGCUGCUGCUGCUGCCAUGGGAAGGUCCCACCACUUUGGUAGGAGGGCAGGCCAUAGAAAUAGGCAAUCUUCCAACAGUCGGCCGCAGUUUUUGGUAUUUUCUGCUCAUCCUAAUGCGCCUUCUUCUGGCCAUGUUUCCUCCUCCCUGUCUCAGGUAGGAGUGGGAAGUGAACCAGGUACAGUUGAUGUAGCUAGUUCAUCAGCUCCACUUACAUUUCCUGGGGAUGAAAUUGGACAACAAACUCUACAAUUUCCUUCUGUUUUAACGGCUGAAAGUUCCUCUGCAUCUGGAUCUACUGUCAUGCCUGCCAAUCAUCGAGGAAUUUCCUUUAAUGAUCGAAGUAAUGCUUCUUCAUUGCCAAAUCAAGACAGAGCGGGACCAUCAGAAUUUCAGUCAUUUUCAGAGUCUCUAAAAUCUAGACUUAAUGCAGUGUCAAUGAGAUAUAGAGAAUCAUUUUCUAGGAGUACAAGAGGGUUGAAGGAGAGGCUGUUCUCCCGUAACAGUUCAAUGUCUGAUCUUCGUUCUGAAGUCCGAAGAGAAGUUAAUGCUGGUUUUGCAACUGUAUCUCGAAUGAUGGAGCGCCUGGAAACCAGAGAUAAUAGUAGAGAUAAUCAAGAUCCUGUAUCAAAUUAUUCAACUGAUUAUUCAGUUGCUGAGAGGAGCAACCAGAGCAAUGCCAACAGUCGCAGAGAGAGCCCUUUACAUGGAAGCAGUACAUCGGCUUCUUGUGCUACAAGCUCAGCUUCUACUUAAGUUUUAAAGACUUUCAUGGUGUCUAUCCUCAGCAUUUCAUCUUUGAAGGUUUGUAUUUUCAGGUUGUAAACUCCAUUUCUCCAAAUAUGACAUGAUGAGGAGAAGAUGCUUUGUAUUACAAGCCAGGAGGUGAGCUUUUGCUUGAACCUGAAUAAAAGAGGGAAGAUGAAUCUUGAGAAAGAGCUUCCAUCUGGACAGAUUUAUGAAUCGAUAUUUGUAUGUAAAUUUGUUUCACACAAAAAUUUCUUUCCUUGAAAAAAAAAAAAUCAUUUAAACAAGAAGAAGAAAAAGGGGCAUCUGCACAGAACAUGUAUUUGAACUAUGUCUGGAUGGCUUGGUUGUGGCACGAUAUGAGUAGCAAUAUAUCUGAUCUUGAAAUGCUAUGUAUUGUAAUAUA